CCUGCGCUCGUUACUACGUUUCAGGAAGCAGGACACAAACAACAAGCCACCACCGAAUGGGAGUCAGGCCAGCGCCAGGGCAUUUCGUUUUGGGCCAUUUUGCAUUGCUGUUUCGGCCAGGCCAAGUCAGUCGCUUAGCAGCCGCGAACGCGAGCAAAACACACGGUUCUCAGGUCUCCACCGGGCGACCUUCGUUGAGAAGCCACAAAAUAGAAUUGUUUAAAGUGAAUUUACAAAAUUUAUUCGCAGCGAAAGCCUCAAGCAAUAUUUAAAUAUUUAAGCCUUGAUCGAAGCAGUUGCUAACUAAUUGUGUACAGGAAAUUACUAACUUGAAGGCUAAGCACAGCACAGCUGUGUGUGGGUCCCCGUGUGUGUGUGUGUGUGAGUGUGACUGUGUGCGGUGCGCGGGUGUAGCUGCAGCAAGUGCAUGCGACGUUUUUGCUGCAUAAUAAUUUGGGUCAAAGCGAAAAGCUGCAGCUUCGCAACUUUGACUGCUCGAAAGUUCAAUACGCAUCCUGCUGGACGAAUCCACCUGUUAUGAGGGCACGCCGUAGCUCAUGGAACACAGCAGCCGUUGCAGCAACAACAACAACAACAGCAGCAACUAGGGAUAUAGAGGAAAUCGCCUAAGAUAAUUGAAUUGACAGUUCGAGAUUUGAGCUAACACACACAAUGGAGGCGACUCAGCCCAAGGUGCAUCGUCAGCACCAGCGACAGCGACGCACAGAGGCGCGACAGCGGCGCUUGGAGCGGGAGGCAGCCGCAGCGGCCAAUACGCCGCCCGAUCUGGAGCUGGAAGUAACGGAGGCCGUGCUGGAGACACUCGAGAGCUGUGCGGCGGCACUCAAUGAUACAGCAUCGACGACAACAACAACUACAACAGCCACAACAAUAGCGGGUCGCAUCAGUGCGCAGAGCUCGGCGGACAGCAUCGAAAUGGUGGGAUCGCCCAGUCAAACCUCCCAGCAGACGGUGGUACUGGUGAACGGCCAUGCACCGCCAUCGCAGGACACGCUGGAGGAGAGCGCCUCCCUUGGCGCCGAUGAGCCGAUGGGCGCAGCAGCGGUAGCGGCAGACGCUGGUGCAGCUGAAGGCGAGGCCACCACGCACCUGGAGUCGCCCACACAGCCAACGAAACAGAGCGACGGCAGUCGCAACUCUUCCGGUGAUGCAAUGAGUCUCCGGGAGACACUGCGUCAGCUGCCGGCCACACAUGGACAUCGGUCGCGGCGCACCCACUCGCCGCAGUCGCCGGCGCUACGCUCCCUGGAAGUGGACUCGUCCUUCCAUCGCGGCAUUCUGGGCUACAUUGAUCGUGAGCUCAAGCAGAGCUCGCCCACGCCCUCGGCACUGAGCAUGGGCGCGGGCAGCAGCGGGGGAGGUGGCGGCGUGGGCGGCGGUGCCUCGCGCAAGCAGCAAUCGCUGUCGGAUCCUCAGGCUAGUCCCGCCCAGCGUUCGCUGCGCUCGCGGAACAGCUUCGACAAGAGUCCGCGGCGGAAGCGCAGCAAGUCGGAGUCCCGCAGGAGGCGGGAACGGAAGCUCAUAGCCGCUGGGGAGAUGGAGGUGCGCCAGGCCAACGAGACGCUGAUGCGCUACCUCAAGCAGUGCUCCGAUAUGCAUGAUGCGUCGCUGUCGGGCGAGCUGGAGAUUGAUCAGAGCCUGGAGGAGCGACGAGUGCAUCGGAAGACGAAAUCGCAGCGCGACAAGCGGGGCCAGCUCAUCAGCAAGCUUUACUCAGCUGGUGGGCUAUCGUCCAUAUUGAAGGAGCUGGCGGAUGACAUUGCGCCCGCCGAGGGCGAGGAGAUCUACAAUCCAUUCACUCCGGUCGUCUCGCCCACGGACGAUACGCCCGCGCACAUCGACAAAAUGUUUCUGCAGACGUCAUCGGGCUAUCGACCAGUGGAGCAGAGCUACUACAAGCGUUCCUUUGUGGGUGCCGCACGCGGCGCAGCUGGCACCAGCAGCAGCUGCAUUGGCAUCGAUGGCAUCUCCGCAGCGGAGCUGGGCGGCGCUGGACGUCUCUUUCGCUCGAGCGGCGGCGGCUCGGCCAGCGGACGCGGCAGCUACGGCGACACACACUGUCUGCUGGAUGCCAACCUAAAUCGCAAUGGCAUCUCGAGCAACAUCCAACUUGCCUGUGUUAUUCAACGAAUUUGGCUGCUCAUUUCGAACAUAUGCCAUGGGCUGCUAGCUGGUCUAGCCUUGGCCCAUCUGCUCUUUGUGAUGAGUAGCCAUCCCACGGAUUGGGCAAAGGUCAUCAAUAGCAUGGGUCUUGCGGGCGAGACCACAGCAGCAGCAGCAGCAGCAGCAGCAGCAACAACAACAACAACACCAACAGCCCAAAUGUCAAAGUUGGGCAUAGAACUGACCAAUUCUGUUAAGGGAACGGACUCUGGAGCGGGCUCAGCGGCGGGAGCGACGACGUCGACAGCGAAUAGCGAAGCCAUUGCAUUGAUUAGCGACUAUGCGGGAUUUGCUGAUAUCUAUCUGAAUACGUUCUAUUGUCUGGCCAUAAUUUGCCUGGUUUCUGUAUUCGAUCGCAUGGACAUAUGUCGCUGGAGCUUCUCGAAUGCCAGCGAGCUAAUAUCAUUCCGAUGGCUGAUCAUCACAAUGCUGUACUUCGCAACAAUAAUCCUAACUAUCUGCUCCGACUCCAUCGACGAGAAGCUCUAUCUGAUCAAUAAUAAUGCCAACAUAACGCUAACACAACAGGAGUUGCUAAGCAACAGUGUGCAGAGUGUUUGGAGUAGUCUGUCGGUGACGCGAAGCAUUGCAGCCAUAUCGGGCUGGAUAAUGAUAGGCCUGACGCCCCAGGAGGAUAUGCUGUACGAGCAUCUGGUUGAUCUAACCAAAUAUCAGUUGACAAAUAAUUGAACUUAAGUGCGAAAAUAUAAACUAUUGUGUAUAUAA